AUGGCGAAGGUGAUCCUGCCCGUCAACCUGGCCGUGAUAAUCGCCAAGACCUUCUUCGUCGUCGACGCCAUCAGAGGCAUCCACGGACACAAGAGUGUCGUCUGCAGGGCCGCCCGGGCCGCUAACAGCAGCGGGUUGCUCGGUUCGCAGCGGUCGUCGACCUCCCACGGGCGGCGAUCAGCCCCAAGCCGCCCCCCCGUCCUGACACAGCGGGGACGGAGCGCCAGCGCCAGCGUGGGCUCUCCGAAAGUCAGGCAUGUUGCCCCGUUUUCUUUCUACUUCCUGGCGUGCCGUCAUUGCUUUCUACGGUAGGAAGUUGAGAGGUGGCACCCCCCUCUUACAGUAGAUCGAAUGUCAAGGCUCGAUUUCUCCACAACCAAGUGGGCACGGAAGGAGUCCCAUACUUCGACGAAACGCCCUCGACAUGUUAAUUUUUUUCCCACCAUUUUUGGUGUUGUUACAGGGUUGGUUGUGGAGAAAUCGAUCUUGAAAUCGGGCUAGUGUUAAGGAGGACCCGAUUCGCAGGAUAUCCGUCGAUUGAUCGGUACACCUUCGCAUAUGGCGUCAGCUGGAUGCUGGUUCGAAUCUCCUUGGGUGCACACUUUUUCUCCUGACUUGGAUAUUUUCCCAUGGACACAAUGUGUGUCAGUCCUGAGAACACCUCUUGGAGUUGAUCCUACAAAGAACCUUGUGACUCUUCCAUCGAAUUACCCAUCCUGGCCACAAGAGGUUCCCAGUUGAGGGUAAAUUCUGU